AGUGCCGCGGAGAGGAUGUGCAGUGCUCCGCCUCCUGUCACUGCCCCGCGGAGACUGUUCACUGUUGACAUGAGUGACGUCAUCUCCACCCUCGCUGCCCCACAGCCACCACGCUGCCUUGCCUUAACAUAUAACAUAACAUAAAUAAUAGGAUAACAAAGGGCCACCAGGGCCCAUCUAGGUUAUCCUGUAUCAGUCGCACAGCGACCUCGUCAUCAGCCUUGCUUUGCCCUGUCCUUCCCACACCAGCACAGCGUCACUCCAGUGACACCACAUAGCCAGACACUCCACCUGGUGCUGCUGCUACGCUGCCUUCACCACCAAAACCACAGUGCUGCUCUCCUCUAUCCACUACCACUGACAGGCAUUCACUAGACCUCGUGGGGUGAUUGCCAAGGCCUUGGCCUGCCCUUCCAAAACAUUGUAGCACACAGGAUCUGCCUCCUGAAAAUUGGACAAGUAACCAGAACCUCCCUGGCUUGAUUCAGAGGAAAUUAAGACUGCACCUGGUUGGAUGGUGAGUCCCACGCCAUGGCAGCAGUGGUGACCCGCACAGUGCUGGACCGCCUGGUGAGUCUGAAGGAGUCUCCAGCACCACGCCUCCUCCUCCUGACUGACACAGUGGAGGUGUGUGGGCGUGGCCUGCUGUACUGCCUGGUGUGUGCACAUUUGAGGGCCGGCACACAUGUCCUCUACCUCACCACCAGCUUUAACCCAGUAGAAUUACGCCAACAUAUCAAAGAUGAUGACACUGCUGGGAAAAUUGAAUUUUACGAUGGAGCAACAGACCCGUGUGGCUGGGACAGCGGGGAGUCAGCAGAGUGUGUGACAAAAUCCUUGCCUGAGGUGAUGAGGAGCAGGUGUAAGGCAGGUGGCAAGGUGGCGGUAGUGGUAGACAGACUGGAACACCUAAUGCUGCACCAGGACUCAGGGCAGCUGGUGAGAGGCCUGCACACCCUGGCACGUGAAAGUGAGGUAGAGCAGGUGGUGGUGUACUGUGGGCGAGAUGUGGUGUGUGAGGACAUGCUCGAAGCUGUCACUCAUCUGGCAUCAGGCGUGCUUCACCUCCGCCACACUCAGCCUUGCUCCUGUGCUGUCCUUGUCAGGAAAACCUCAGGCAAAGUCAUCAAAGCUCAAGAGGAGUUCUCCCUCACUCCAGAUUUUAGAGUGCAAGGAGUCAAGCCAACACAGAACACAGGACAGGUUGGAGUGCCUGCUGACACAUCUGCCUCCUCUGAUCCUACUCCUGAAUCCCUCCUGGCUGCUACCACCUUCAGCCUCUCCCUGACAGAUGAACAAAGGCGUGCCAAGAAUGAACUACUCUUGCCACACACCAGGGUGCAGACUGAGGGCGGCCAGAUCCUUUAUACACCAGACCAAGAGGACGACUGGGAUGAAGACGACCCAGAUGACGACCUUGAUAUUUAGUAACACAGGAUUGGAAGAAGUGCAGUGACACCUUCAAGCACUCUGCUCCAAUGCCUUCAUCGAUGCUGAUCUCCCUGUUGGCACGACUUUUGUUCGCCUCCCCGCUGUCCACACUUCCCCGGCCCGAGUCAGAAAUCUCUGGACACUCCAAGAUGCCGGUGUCCUCAGGAAUGGCCAUCACUUUCCGAGCAGAAGCAGAACCUCGCCUUUGAGAACGAUCACGGGCCAGUUCGCCAAACUGGGUCUCUCUCACAAGUGGUGACAGAAAAUUUUUAGUCUUUGGUGAGGGCAAAACUCCCUUCUUCAACAGUAAUAAGCUUUCCUGACAGCUGUCACCAGAGCUACUUAGUUUCUCAAGACUGUGUGAACGCCACAUUGGUAGCCUGCGGUUGUACCGCGCCCGCAGGAGCUGUGGAGACAGGGGCAGUAUAGGCAGCUUUCUUGACACACUCAGAGAAGUCCUGCUCACACUGCUACUGUUACUACUACUACUGCCCCUUCUGCUGCCACCACCACCACACAUGUUGUUGCUAUGCACCACUGCUCUAGUGAUGAAUGGGUCCUCACACACCGUGUCCAGGAUGCUUGGUGCCGACACUCUCCGGGCCGGUCGGUGCGGCUGUGGAGGUGGCACUGUGCCCUCCAGGUCAGAGUCAGUGUCAUCUGUGCUGCCCAUCACUGCCCCUAUAAGGACACAAAACAUUUAAUAAAUAUGCAACAAAA